CUCGCUCCUUCCUUACUCAGUGACUGAAUAAUAAAGCAAGCAAUGAAUGAAAGCAACGCGAUAACCAGAAUCGGAACUUCACCAAUCAUUCCUCUUCCAAUUUCAACAACACACCCCCCAAAUCAAAUUCACACCCUACCAAAUCAAAAACAAAAACAAAAACAAAAACAAUGGAACAAAGCUAUCAGCACAAGCAUUCGUUCACGUCUCAGCAAACUCUGCCGCGAAGGUCAACCUCAUCUCGCUCUUCAUCUUCUCGAUUCUCUUCCUCGUCCUUCCACCGUCGUCUGGAACUCCGUCAUCAUCGGCUUCAUCUGCAACAACUUGCCUCAUCAAGCUCUUCUUUUAUACGCCAAAAUGAGAUCAAAUUCUUCUUGUUCUACUUUUGAUCCUUAUACAUUCUCUUCCACUCUUAAAGCUUGUGCUUUAACUAAAGAUAUUCUUACUGGAAAAGCUAUACAUUCUCAUUUUCUUCGUUCUCAUUCGAAUACUAAUACUGGUCCUAGUAGAAUUGUAUAUAACUCUUUGUUGAAUAUGUAUGCUUCUUGUCAACAUGAGUAUGCACUCAAUGUGUUUGAUGUUAUGCGUAGGAGAAAUGUUGUUGCUUGGAAUACUUUGAUUUUGUCGUUUGUUAAGAUGAAUCGUUAUCCUCAAGCGGUUGAGGCAUUUGCUAAUAUGAUUAAUCAAUCUGUUAUGCCUAGUCCGGUUACUUUUGUGAAUCUUUUUCCUGCUUUGUCGAAAUUGGGUGAUUCUAGAACUGUGAAGAUGUUUUAUGGGUUUAUGAGGAAAUUUGGUGAUCAGUAUGUUAGUGAUGUGUUUGUUGUAAGCUCUGCGAUACUUAUGUUUUCUGAUGUUGGUUGUAUGGAUUAUGCGCGAAUGGUUUUUGAUCGAUGUUUGAAUAAAAAUACUGAGAUUUGGAAUACUAUGAUUGUUGCGUAUGUUCAAAAUAAUUGCCCGGUUGAAGCGAUUGAUGUGUUUAUUCAAGCGUUGGAGUCGGAGGAGGGUGUAUGCGAUGAUGUAACUUUGCUCUCUGUUCUUACUGCUGUUUCACAGUUGCAGCAAAUCAAAUUGGCUGAACAGUUUCAUGCAUUUGUUAUAAAAAGUUUGCCGGGUUCGCUGAUUAUAAUUUUAAAUGCUGUAAUGGUUAUGUACUCAAGGUGUAAUCAUGUUGAUACUUCGUUGAAGGUUUUUGAUAAGAUGUUAGAAAGGGAUGCUGUUUCGUGGAAUACUAUAAUAUCUGCUUUUGUACAGAAUGGUUUUGAUGAGGAAGCGCUUAUGCUUGUGUGUGAAAUGCAGAAGCAAAAGUUUUUGAUUGAUUCUGUUACCGCAACUGCCCUUCUUUCUGCAGCUUCUAACCUUAGGAACUUGUAUGUUGGAAAGCAAACUCAUGCUUAUCUGAUUCGCCGUGGGAUACAGUUUGAGGGCAUGGAGAGUUAUUUGAUUGAUAUGUAUGCAAAAUCCGGCUCGAUUAGGACUGCUGAAUUGUUGUUUGAGCAGAACUGCUCAAGUGAUAGAGACCAGGCCACAUGGAAUGCUAUCAUUGCUGGUUAUACUCAGAAUGGGCUCAAUGAGAAAGCUAUUCUCCUUCUUAAACAGAUGUUGGUGCAAAACGUAAUACCAAAUGCAGUGACAUUGGCAUCCAUUCUUCCUGCUUGUAGUUCAAUGGGAAGCAUGGGAUUGGCUAGGCAACUUCAUGGAUUCUCCAUUCGUCGUUUCUUGGAGAAAAAUGUUUAUGUGGGAACUUCCUUAACUGACACGUAUUCCAAAUGUGGUGCAAUUAGUUACGCUGAAAAUGUCUUUUUGAGAACACCUGAGAAGAAUUCAGUCACAUACACCACAAUGAUGAUGUGCUAUGGUCAGCAUGGGAUGGGUAAGAGAGCUCUUACCUUGUAUGAUUCUAUGCUGAGAUCUGGCAUUAGGCCUGAUGCAGUUACUUUUGUUGCCAUCUUGUCUGCUUGUAAUUAUAGUGGAUUGGUUGACGAAGGCCUUCAAAUAUUUGAAUCUAUGGAGAAAGUACAUAAAAUCAAGCCCUCAAUAGAACAUUAUUGUUGUGUUGCAGACAUGUUAGGGAGGGUUGGGAGGGUGGUUGAAGCCUAUGAGUUUGUCAAGGGAUUGGGUGAGGAUGCUAACACCAUGGAAAUCUGGGGAUCUCUUCUUGGGUCUUGUAGAAAUCAUGGGCAUUUUGAAUUAGGAAAAGCUGUUGCUAAAAAAUUGCUGAAUAUGGGAAUGGAUAAAAGAAUGGCAGGAUAUCAUGUUCUGCUCUCGAAUAUUUAUGCUGAGGAAGGAGAGUGGGAAAAAGUUGAUAGAGUGAGAAAGCAGAUGAAAGAAAAAGGUCUGCACAAGGAAACGGGAUGUAGUUGGGUUGAGAUUGCUGGGUUUGUAAACUGCUUUGUAUCUAGAGAUGAGAAGCACCCUCAAAGUAGUGAAAUAUAUUAUAUGUUGGACAUGUUGACUCUAGACAUGAAGUAUGCAGGGUAUAAGCCACAAUAUAGCUUAAAUUUAAAUACGAUUUUGGAUUCGGAUGAAUGAAUUGAAUAAUUAUCACAAGUUAUUUCGAGAUGUGUUGGUUUCUUUGUAGUAGACAGUUGUCACGAAAGUGAGCUAGGCUCAUCGUUAAGAUAGUCACAGCCUCACAAGAUCUAUUAUAACUGAUAAUAGUUUCAUGACCUGCAUAAAUUUAUUCUUUGUACACCACAACAGCUGCUGGUUUGAAACUCUUACUCGGGGUUUUCAUUCAUUUGAAACAGUUUGUAAUUUGUUAACAAAACAAUCAAUCCAUGUAUAUUACCAUAGUGCAAUUGGUUACUUACAAAUUUGAUGAUA